AUGUCGCCUCGUCACUGUCAGCCCCCUUUCCGCGCUGAGCACCUGGGCUCACUCCUGCGCACCUCGAAAUUACUCGACACGCGUCAUGCGUGGGAAGCAGGUAAGGAAACAGAAGAGGGUCUCAGGAAGGUCGAAGACACGGACGUGCAGGACAUUGUGAAGACACAGCUAGACUUGGGCUUCCACGGCAUUACCGAUGGCGAGUACCGUCGCCAUAUGUUCUGGGGCUCCUUCUGGCCCGGUCUCGAAGGCAUGACUGAGAUUGCGACCCCAGAUCCAGAUCUGUUCAGGAUGUACAUCCCAGAUAUCGCUGCAUUCACGGAAGAGGGCUAUAAGCCUGGCGAGACGGUUCUGUGCACCGGCAAGAUCAAGCACAAGGGCAGCACAUAUACUGAUCAAUUCGACUACCUAAAGGGCUUAGUACCCGAGUCCAAGUGGAAGGACUUAAAGUUGACGCUUGCGGCCCCGAACUGGUACCAUCUUAGAUACAAGGAGGGCAAGGCAUAUCCCAAGGAUGUUUAUAAGAACGACGAUGAAUACUUUGCCGACAUUGCAAAGGCAUACCAGGAGGAAUUGAAAAUUCUAUACGAGCACGGAUUGAGAAACGUGCAAUUUGAUGAUCCCAACCUUGCGUACUUCUGCUCAGAGGCAAUGAUCACCGGUUGGGAGAAGGACCCGUUGAACAAAUACUCGACCGACGAGCUCCUAGUUAAAUACAUUGAUCUUUACAACGCUUGCGUGGCCAAGAUCCCCGCUAACAUGCACGUUGGCGUCCACCUCUGUCGAGGCAAUUUCGUCAACUCACGACAUUUCUCCGAAGGCGGCUACGACCGGAUUGCGACCAUCCUCUUCCAGAAACUCAACAUGCACACCUACUAUCUCGAGUACGACACCGCUCGGGCCGGCGGCUUUGAGCCAUUGCAAUAUCUUCCUAAGGAUAAGAAUGUGAUCCUGGGCGUCGUGACCAGCAAGUUCCCCAAAAUGGAGGAUGAGGCUGAGAUGGUUGGACGAGUCAAGGAGGCAGCGAAAUGGAUGGCCAAGGGGACUGGGGAAUCUGAAGAGGAGGCUUUGAAGCGGUGCGGUGUCAGUCCUCAGUGUGGCUUUGCCAGCCAUAGCAGUGGGAAUGCAGUCAAGCAUGAUGACAUGAUCAAUAAGUUGAAGCUGGUGAGGAAACUUGCAGACAGUAUCUGGCCUGGAGAGCCUUGA